UCUUACAACAAUACAAAAACUUUCUGACCGUUACAUAGUGAGCAAGAUGGUUUCUGUGAUGAACCUGCUGCACGGAGACAGACCUACGAUCCACGUCUCAGCACCGAGCGCCCUAAACCCUUACCCAACUUCCCUCGCUCAGGUGUCUCAGUCUGUCGGUCAGGGCCUUGGCGGCCAUGCCAUCCAACGAACACCGUUCGCCAUUCAAGAACUUUUGGGCCUCGAUAACCAGAGGGAAAAUUCACCUCCUUCUCACAGAUCUACAUCUUUAAGCCUAACCACACCGACGCCUGUAGCUGGGCCUACAUGCCCCACGUUUCCACCCAGGGGUCUCGGCUCCCAGCCCGGUCCAACACAAUGUUUCCCAGAUCCAAGUCGCAUGUACUUUGGUCCAGCAGGAUUCAUGCCUGGUAUGUCCGUUCCAUCCGGCAUGACAGGAGUCACGGGACUUCACGGAGUAACGGGAAUGCCGUCAGUAUCCAGCUGUAUGCCCAUGGUGACCUUCGAACAACCGGCGCCAGGAAUUCGGCAACACGGAACAACAGAUUCUCACAAGAAUCUCUGAUCUUCUCUUAUCAACAAUAUUUCACCAACGUGUACGUGAUUCUCAUCAGAAUUGAACA